CAGGCCAGGCAAGGAUUUGGGGGCAGUUCGGCCACAGUGUUCUCUUCCUCCUUUCCAAGAUUAUAGCAGAAGGGAUAGAAGUUAGAACUCUGAAAGAAUGCAACUAAAUCAAGCUGAUUCAAGGGUUGAGAGGGAGUGGCGUGGGGAGACGCAUUCGCACUGAAGUGCUGGGGGGAGGCAGACACGGGAAGUUUCUGCAUUCAGUAGCAGGGGAGAAGUACUGACCCUCACUUGGCCUGAGGACCAAGGUGAUGGGUCAGCUGCAGCUGGGAGGAGGACAGAGGGAGAAAUGAGAAUGGGACUGGAUGCCAGACUCACCUCCCAAUGCUCAGGGGCCUGAACCUAGUUGUCCUGGUGGUGUGGAAGGGCCAGAGAAGCACCUGCCCGAUUUUUUUCUGGCCUGGCAGUUGAGUCUGAAGGUUUAAAGGGUGAGGAGCUGGUGGGUGAACAAUGAGUAGAAAGAGACUCAAGGACCACACCUAUUGAGCUAGAUCCCACAUGGGAAUUUUGGGACAAAGCGUAUACAACAUCAUUCCUUAGUGUGCCCAGCUCAGGGGCUGUUGGAAAGUGGGCUGCUGGAUAACUCCAGCUGACUGCAGGGUUUGUGUGGUUGUGUGUGUGUGUGUGUGUGUGUGUGUGUGUGUGUCUGCAGCCUAUAUCCUCCUUUUUCUCCACCAGCCUCCCCCCUCCCCUCCAGCCACCCUGGGAUUGGUGAUUCACAGCCCCUCCUCCGGCUCCCCCAGACCCUCCCAGAGCCUUUAUCAGGGAGCUGGGCCGGUGUUCCUGCCACAUCCUCAGAUCCCCUCCACUCCCUGUUUCUCUGCACGGAGAGAGGCAGCGGCACUACCAGCGUGUGGGGAGUGGGCACUGCUGCCGACCAGCUCCCUGAUCCUGCUAGACCAUCUGCCCUGGGCUCAAAGCUACUCCACAGGCACCAUGAGGAGUGCCCUGCUGUUCGCAGCCAUUCUGGCCAUUAGCCUGGUUCACGGUUUGGGGGCUAUCUGUGAGGACUCACGGGAGCAGGUGGUGCCCGGUGGGGGCCACAACAAGGACUUGGACCUCUACCAGCUGCCUCCAUCUUUGCUCCGGAAACUCUAUGACAGCCGCUCAGUCUCUCUGGAUGGAUUGCUCAAAAUGCUGAGCAAGGCUAGCGUGGAUCCUAAGGAAUUGCCACUUCCCCAGAAACGUGACAUGCACGACUUCUUCGUGGGACUUAUGGGCAAGAGGAACAGCCAGCCAGACACUUCUAUUGAUGUAAACCAAGAGAAUGUCCCCAGCUUUGGCACCCUCAAGUAUCCCCCCAGUGUGGACUGAGCACUCCACUUCUGGACUCGUGGGCUGCAUCAUGAAGACACCUGCCCCCCACCUCCCAACCCCCAGCUGCACGUGCUCUAUUUCCCUUUCUUCGCCCCCCCCCCCCACCUUGUAACACUCCUGUGCUUUGACUCCUUCCCCAUCCCUCUACCUCACCGUGAUGGAGAAACUGCAGAGUGAGCACCCUCAAUCCUAGUGGGCAUUGACCCUAGAUCCCCUUGGAUAAUGUAAGUGUCCUACAUUUAAAACUAUGACAUCUCUUUCCAUUCCUCAACAAUAAAAGAU